GGAUCAUGAGGGGACCGACUGGAGUGAUCGCUCUGGCCGCGGUUCUCGCACUUUCCCUGGGGAUAGACGGAGCCUGUGUCCACGAUGGAGUGCUGCAUGCUAGUAACUCUUCAUGGCAAGCGGAGCCGUGUGUGGAGUGUCGGUGCCAUGGCGACAUAGCGCUCUGUGCAAGCACAGUGUGUCCAAACCCGCAGUGCGACUUUCAAAGGGGUGAGCGUUUGAGAAUUCCUGCCAACAAGUGCUGCCCUGAAUGCAUCUCCUCCCAGGGAUCGUGUCAGUACGAAGACCUCACCUACGGGGCGGGGUCCAUGUGGCGGCCCUCUCCCUGCUCUCAGUGCCUCUGCUCUGGGCUUGGCGUCACGUGCUCGGCCCUAUCCUGUCCCGCUGUGGACUGUCCCCUGGAUCACCGAGAAUACACUCCCGAGGGAGAGUGCUGUCCUCAGUGUGUGCGCAACGGAGGCUCAUGCCGCUGGGAGGACAAAGAAUACCGUGAUGGGGAACAGUUUCAAUCUGGACUCUGCUCUAGAUGUGUGUGCUCAGACGGAGAGGUGCAGUGCUCUGUGGCUGAGUGUCCCUCUGUCUCCUGCAAAACGAAUGAGAACCUGGUGAUUCGUCCAGGGCUGUGCUGUCCUGAGUGUGUGACCAACCCCUGUCUGUCAGCAGGCAAACAGUACCAGCAUGGAGAGCAGUGGCAGAAGGACCCCUGUACGACCUGUGUGUGUGACAGGGGACAGUCCAGGUGUCACAGCCGCACCUGUCCUACCCUCACCUGUCAGAAGGGUCAGACUGGAGUACGACGCCUGAAUCAAUGCUGUGAGGAGUGUGUCUGGCCAAAAGGCAGCUGUCUGUACGAGGGAACGGUGCGCUACCAUGGCGACAUGUGGAACGGCUCUACGCCCAGCACCUCAUCGCCGGGGUCUGGCUGUGAGUUCUGCUCCUGUAACAGAGGACAGGUGCUGUGCCAGAGAGCAGACUGUGAACAAGUCCACUGUCCACAGGGCUCUGAGUUAGUGUUUGAGGAGGGAAAGUGCUGUCCUGUGUGUUCCUCUCAGAAACCUACCUGUGUGCACCAUGGCAAGACCUACAAGGCCCUGUCUCGCUGGUCUGAGGGGGACUGCCGUGAAUGUGAGUGCCGAGGUGGUCAUGUGACCUGUUAUGUGCGCUCCUGCCCCACAUGCACGCCUGGCCUCCUCUCUGUGACACAGGAGGGACAGUGCUGCCCGCAGUGCCAACAAGUGCGGUGCCACUCGGACUGCUCCUCCUGCUCUGGACGUCCUGACCUCUGUGAGAGCUGCUCUGACCCAAAGGCAGUGCUGCAUCUAGGACGCUGCCUGCCACAAUGCCCCCCAGGUUUCUACCAGGACCACCAUGUCUGUAGAGCCUGUGCUCCAUCCUGCCUGUCCUGCUCGGGCCCAUCUCAGUGUGACUCGUGUGGACACCAGGGGGCGCUUCUGAGCCCAGAUCGACUGCAGUGUGUGUCUGUGUGUCCGUCAGGCUCCUACCAACACGACCAUAUGCACUGCAGAGAAUGCCACAGCUCCUGCUCUGAGUGUCAAGGUCCCACUGAAGCUGAGUGUGUGUCCUGCUCUCACCUGGCUGCUCUGCUCAAACACGGACACUGUGUCUCCGAUUGUGGGCCGGGAUACUACAGUCAAGACAACAACUGCUAUGCCUGUGACCCGUCCUGUGAGUCCUGCUUCCCGGAUAAACCGCUCUGCAUUAGCUGUCCCUCGGGAGCCGCACUGCAUCAUGGGAAAUGUAUUACCGAGUGUCCGCCCCAGCACUACAAGGACAGCCACAGCAGAUGCAGAGGCUGCCACAGCUCUUGUUCGUCCUGCUGGGGUCCCUCUGUGUCUCAGUGCUCUGUGUGUCCCAGUGGACUGCUGCUCCAUCAGGGACAGUGUGUGGAGACGUGUGGAGACGGCAUGUACCCACAAGAGCAAACCUGCCACAACUGCCACCCGUCGUGCCGCUCGUGUGUGGGACCGCUGGCCUCAGACUGUGUGCGCUGUCUCAAACCUGAACUAGCCCUGGUCCCUCAGUAUCCCAGCUCCCAGCAUGGAGUCUGCGCCGCCAAGUGUCCCAAGUACAGUUACAUGGACCAUAGCCAAGUGUGCAGAGAGUGCGACUCGUCCUGUCUGCAGUGCACCGGGCUCUCUGUUGACUCCUGCGUCUCCUGCCCCUCUCUCAGCUCUCUGCUCAAGGGCCGCUGUGUACCCCAGUGUCCAGAGGGGGGCUACAGCGAGGAGGGGGUUUGCCAAGACUGCCACCCUUCAUGCCGUUCCUGCACAGGCCCAUCCCAGGCCGACUGCACGUCCUGUCCCCCCGGAGCCUCUCUGCUCAGCGGCUUCUGUAGGACCAGCUGUGGAGAGGGACAGUACUUCAACCCCACCACCGGGGGCUGUACCAAAUGCAUUGCAGACUGUCAGCGCUGUACAGCAGACCUCCGGGCAGCAGGGGGCAGUGUAUGUCUCUGGUGUAAGGCGCCCAGGACCUGGUUGUUGGGAGACCACUGUGUUUCUGAGUGUCCUGUUGGAUACUUUGGACGACAUGGGGCCUGUAUCGAAUGCCACUCGUCCUGUGAAUCCUGCAGUGGUCCAGGGCCCCUCUCUUGUACUUCCUGUCCUGCCCCCUUCGUCCUUUUACAGUCGGGUCAAUGUGCUCCUUCUUGUCUGCAAGGAUUCUACCAGGACACACAGCGGACUUGUCUGGAGUGUGACCCUCAGUGCCUCACGUGCACAGCCCCAGGAGCGUGCACGGCGUGUCGGGACCUAAACAAAGUACUGCAGUUCGGAGAGUGUCAGUACGAGAGCUGUGCACACCAGUACUACCUCAAUACUACCACCAGGACAUGUCAAGAGUGUGACUGGAGCUGUAACUCAUGCCGUGGCCCUCUGAGGACAGACUGUGUGCAGUGUAUGGAGGGACAUGUCCUCCAGGACGGACUCUGCUCCCAGCACUGCUCCCCAGGAUACUACAGAGAGGGGGACCACUGCCUGGCGUGUGACUCAGACUGUGAGCGGUGCUUAGGCCCAGCUCAGUGUCAGCAGUGUGCGUCUCCUCUGGUGGCCCUCAGAGGACUGUGUGUGCAGCACUGUGGGCCCCUGCACUACCUGGACCCCGACGCAAACCUCUGCAAAUCCUGUUCCUCUGACUGUGUGCUGUGUGAGGGGGUGGGUCAGUGCAGAGCCUGUGCACAGGGCAGCUUCCUCAUCCAGGGGUACUGCACUCCGGACUGUGGCCAUGGCUUCUACAGUGACACCAACACCAGGACCUGCCACGUGAACGUGCUCCCUCCGAGGCUGUAUGUGAACGGCUCUGUCCUGGUUCCACUGGGCGGGCCGGUGCCUCUGUCUCCAUCUCUACUGAGGAUAUCUGACGAGGACAGCGCUCCCCGCCUUCUGCACUUUGAACUGCAGUCCGCCCCCUCAAACGGACAGCUGUAUCUACGCACGGGAGAGGAGAGAGAGCUGAAGCCAGGAGACAGGUUCAGCCCAGAACAGCUCGGAGCAGGACAAGUCGUGUUCAAACAUCAACAGGACAAAUCCAGGAGUGGAGAGUUUGGUGUUCGAGCCGCAGAUCCACAGCUCUUUUCAGACACGGAGAAAGUCCAAGUCCAGGCCGUGUCCAUGCAGCCCCCACAGAUCCUGACCCUCUCUCCUCUGGUGGUAGAAGGUCCCAGAGCCGCGGUGCCUCUCUCUAAAUCCAUCCUCCACGUCGAAGACCCUGACAACAUUGCCGACGUGCUGGUGAUGGUGCUGGAACCUCCCCAACAUGGCCGCCUCACCCGUCUUCAUGGCGACCGCGCCUUAAAUCGGUUCAAACUGGAUGAACUCUCGCAGCAGCAGGUCCAAUACGUGCACGACGGAUCGGACUCGGCCCACGACAAAGCACUUCUGCAGAUCAACGACGGACACAACUACAAAAAUGUGCUACUGCGGAUAGACAUACACCAGAAGGCUGCAGAUGCCCCUCAGGUUCAGUCAGUCCCUCUGGCCUGGGUGAAGGAGGGUGGGAUGGUACGCUUGAACAGAAAACACCUCCACACUGAGUUUAAAGGAGUGCGCUCUGAGGACACUGUCUACACCAUCCUGUCUGCGCACGGACAGCCCACAUACGGCGAUGUGGUCCUAGUCUCCAUGCCUGCAGACUCGCCCCUGGACCCCCCCAUGUCACAGGACAGUGGCUUCACCUCCACCUCCUCCUUCACCCAGCAGGACGUCAACGAUGGGGCCGUAUGGUACAGGCACCAUGGAGCAAGCAGCACCACUGACUCCUUCCAGUUCAAGGUCUCCACAGACACAGGCCCACAGUUCCAGAGCGACCCUCAGACCUUCACCAUCGGGGUCCUGCCUCAGCUCCCCGGGUUCCCUCAGCUGGCCCCAGACUGCGAGCUACAGAUCACGGCUCUGGAGGACCGGGUCACUGAGAUCACCCCCGCAGCUCUGUCUUUUGUCGACUCGGAAACGCCAAGCGACAAACUCAUCUACAGCAUCACUAAACCUCUGCCUUCAGGACAUGGAGUCCUGGAGCACCGCGAUAGACCAAACUCCCCAGUGUCUCAGUUCAGUCAGGCUGAUGUGGACAACGGCAAGAUCAUCUACAGACCUCCACACGCCCCUUCACACCUGCAGGAGCUGUAUACAUACUCCUUCACUGGACUUCCAGAGUCUCUCAGCAUCUACUUCACAGUGUCGGACGGAGAGCACACGACCCCAGAGAUGGACUUUGCCAUCCUGGUUCUGUCCAAUCACCAGCAACCCCCCGUUUUCCAAGUGCUGGACCCCCUGGUGGAGGUCGGCGUGGGGGGACAGGUCUCGAUCGGUGGUCUGCAGCUGGCCGUGAGCGACGCGGACACGGCUCCCGAUGAGCUGGAGUUUGAGAUGACCGAGGCUCCUGUUUAUGGAGACCUUAUCAGAACAGACACACAGCACAAGAUGGUCAAAGGUGACGUUUUCUCCUUCAGUGACAUCACCCGUAGCGUCCUGCUCUAUCGUCACAAUGGCGGCGUACAACUCGAAGACCACAUUACCAUUUCUGUGAGUGACGGCAUCUCCAUGGCGACGACGGUGGUGACGGUUGCUGUACUUGGCGCCGAGGGCAGCGGGCCACAACCAGACCCCAAUGCCGCUCUCUCCCUGCAGGUGACGGAGAGGAGCAGCACAGUGAUACGACGUAACCAUCUGGCAUACACUGAUGAUGCAUCUUCAGACGCUCAGAUCCGGAUACAGCUGGUGUCUGUGCCCAUGUACGGGAUCCUGACCCGCUCCGAGGACCAGCACAAGCACCAAGAACUCCAAGAGUACUCCUCCUUCAGCAUGGACGACAUCAACAAGCAGCGCAUCAGGUACAUCACAUCUGUGGAGACUGGGAGCCAGCCAAUCACAGACAUCUUCCACUUUACUGUUUACGACGAAGACAACAAUCAUCUUGACAACCAGAUGUGUACCAUCACCAUCAGCUCGGCCCUGCGGCGCCCCCCAGAGGUCACGGUGCACUCAGGCAUACAGGUGGAGGAGGGCGGCAGAGUGCAGCUGUCUACGGCCCAUAUCACAGUUACAGACCAGGACACGCCCAGGAAGGAUCUGCUGGUGUGGCUCGUCAGCACGCCCAAAUAUGGCUUCAUCGAGAACACCAAACCAGGAGGUUCGGUCGGAGGUUCCCGGGUCGUCACUCCAGAUGCUCCCUUUUCCGUGGAUGACCUGGUUCAUGAACGCAUCUUCUACGUCCAGGACAAAAAGCACAAAACCCAAGAGCAAAAAGAUGUUUUCAGUUUCUACAUCAGCAAUGGACACAGCCAGACAGAGGCUUUCAAUGUGGAAAUAGACAUACAGAGUAAAGCAGCCAUUGAGCCGGUGGUGUCCGUCAGCAGUAUCCAUGUGGAGGAGAACUCAGGAGUGGUCAUCACAAACUCCUCUCUGAACGUGCUGGACCGAGACACGCCAGAGAAUGAGAUCAUCUUCACCAUCAUACGCAAACCCUCCUACGGUAAACUACGCAGACGUCAGUUCUACUCCCAGCCUCUGGAGAGCGGUAAAGUCCUGUCUCAGGGCUCCACCUUCACCUACCAGGACGUAUUGGAUCAGCUGCUAGUGUACACGCCCGACUCGACCAGCGGGGGCGCCGAUGAGCUGGGCUUCACUCUCACAGAUGGGGUCCACACACACACAGGGAGGCUGCACUUCACCAUGGAGGUCCUGCGCAGUGAGGGGCCCAGGAUGACCGUCAACAGGGGGCUGCAGCUGCCCGCAGGCACUUCUUCUAAAAUCACGGAGCAGAACUUGAAGGGUACAGACAUUGAUUCGGACAACGUGAAGCUGCGGUACGUGCUGACCAAAGAGCCGGCCAGCGGGAGGCUGCUGCUGAGCCAGGACGGCAAACAGGAAAGGCUCUCUGUGAAGGGGCUACUUAACGGGUUCACCCAGGAACAAGUCAACAAAGGCCUGGUGCAGUACAGCCAUGAGAAGUCAGAGAAAGGAGGAAGUCUGUCGUUCAAGUUUAACUUGGUGGAUCCCGAAGGCAACAAACUCAUCGACCAAUCCUUCUUCAUCAGCGUCCUGGAGGACCGUCUCCCGCCCUCAGUGGAGGUUAACAAAGGCUUGGUUCUGGAUGAAAACACCAUGAAGAAAAUCACCACUCUGCAACUGUCGGCCAGUGACCAGGACAGUGAGCCGGGCGAGCUGCUGUACCAUGUGACCAAGCAGCCCACGCUAGGGCAUCUGGAGCACGCCAAUAAUCCAGGCUCCAGGAUCAGUUCAUUCACUCAGGCUGAUCUUGCGUCUCGAAGCAUCCAGUACGUCCACACCAGUGAAGAGGAGAAGCACGCAGACCAGUUCUCCUUCACUGUGUCCGACGGCAACAACGAGGUGGCCCAGACAUUCUACAUCACCAUCAAGCCAGUGGACGACUCGCUGCCCCUGCUGACCGUCCCAGGGAUGAGAGUCCAGGAGGGAGUGAGGAAGACCAUCACAGAGUUUGAGCUGAAGGCAACAGAUGCAGACACAGAGGCUGAGUCCCUUGUAUUCACCGUGGUUCAGCCCCCUCGGCACGGAUCCAUCGAGCGCACACACAAUGGCCAGAGCUACCGUCAGACCAGCUCCUUCACCAUGGAAGACAUCUACCAAAAUCGCAUCAGCUACAACCACGAUGGCUCCAAUUCCCUCAAAGACCGCUUCAGUUUCAGCCUGUCCGACUCCACCAACCUGCUCUUCAUGGUGAAGGACGAUGGCAAGGAGAUUGUGACUGCAGCUCCUCAGAAGUUUAAGAUUGACAUUCUCCCUGUGGACGACGGCACUCCUCGCAUCGUCACCAACCUGGGCCUGCAGUUUCUCGAGUACAUGGACAACAAGGCGACUAACCUGAUCAGCCAUAAGGAACUACUUACCAUGGACCCGGACACAGAGGACGAUCAGCUGGUCUAUGAAAUCACCUCAGAGCCCAAACAUGGCUUUCUGGAGAGCAAACUCAAACCUGGCAGCCCCAUCACCACAUUCACACAAGCGGACAUAAAUCUGGGUCUGAUCCGGUACGUGCUGCACCCGGAGAGUCUACAGGAGACCAUGGACCUGUUUAAGUUCUCUGUGAGGGACAGUAAGCCCAACACAGUCACCGACAACGUCUUCCACAUCCAGUGGUCCCUGCUCAGCUUCCAACACACCAGUUAUAACGUGAGUGAGAAGGCAGGCACGGUGUCGGUGACAGUGAAGCGCACAGGGAAUCUCAACCAGUACGCUGUGGUCCUGUGUCGCACUGAGCAAGACUCCGCCUCCUCCUCCUCCAGCAACAAACCAGGAAGCCAGGACUAUGUGGAGUAUGCUGGACAGGUACAGUUUGAUGAGCGCGAGGACACUAAAGUCUGCACUAUCAUCAUAAACGACGACCAGGUGUUUGAGGGCGUGGAGAGGUUCCGUGUGGAGCUGAGCAUGCCGGUGUACGCUCUGCUCGGAUCUAACACUAAAGCUAUGGUCAACAUCAAUGACACAGAGGACGAGCCCAGACUGCAGUUUGACCAGAAGACCUACCAUGUGAACGAAAGCGCUGGAUUUGUGCACGCGCCUGUCGAGAGGAAGGGUGACACCUCCAGCACAGUGUCUGCUCUUUGUUACACUGUCCCGAAGUCAGCUCAGGGCUCUAGUCUGACCGGCCUGGAGUCGGGCUCAGACUUUAAGACUCGGGGAAUGACCGGAGCAAAUCGCGUGGUGUUUGGACCGGGCAUCUCCAUGACAACCUGUGAUGUGAAACUGAUCGACGACAGCGAGUACGAGCUGUCAGAGGAGUUUGAGCUGGUACUUUCUGACACCUCAGAUAAUGCCCGGCUCGGAGAUGUGCCAGUGGCCAAAGUGGUGAUCGACGGGCCCAAUGAUGCUUCCACUGUCUCCCUCGGCAACGCAACAUUCACCUUCAAUGAGGAUGCAGGCACCAUAGAGAUCCCAGUGGUGCGUCAGGGCAGUGACUUGUCCUCUCACACCACCGUGUGGUGUGCCACUCGCCCCACAGACCCUCCCUCUGCCAGCCCCGGGGUCGACUACAUCCCCAGCUCCAAGAAGGUCCAGUUCAAACCCGGGACCACUCAGGAGACAUGCAGCCUGACCAUCAUGGAUGACCUCCAGUCUCCGGUGAUAGAAGGCUCUGAGUCCUUUGUGGUGUUCCUGAGCUCUCCACAGGGGGCAGUGCUGCAGGAGCCCUAUGAGGCCAGUGUGCUCAUCCAGGACACCUUCUUAGACAUCCCGAGUAUGCAGUUUGAGAAGACAUCUUUCACAGUGAAAGAGAGGGACUCUGAGCUAAACCUGCCUGUGGUGCGGAGCGGUGACCUGUCCUUUAAAUCGUCUGUGCGCUGUUUCACCCGCACCAUGUCCGCUGCUGUCAUGGAGGACUUUCAGGAGAGACCCAACACCGACAAGUCCCGCAUCACCUUUCUUAAAGGAGAGAGGGUGAAAAACUGUACGGUCCACAUUGUAGACGACUCUGUGUUUGAACCGGACGAGGAGCUGCAGGUGCACCUGGGCUCUCCUCUGGGGGAGCACUGGAGCGGGGCCAUGGUGGGGGCCAGUGAUGUGGCCACUGUCACCAUCUCCAACGAUGAGGACGCCCCCACCAUAGAGUUUGAGCAGGCGUCCUACCAGGUGAGAGAGCCCCCUGGUCCAGACGGGAUCCAGGUGCUGAACAUCAAAGUGGUCCGAAGAGGAGACCUGGACCGGACCUCCAAGAUUCGCUGCAGCACCCGGGAUGGAUCAGCCCAGUCUGGAGUGGACUACAACCCCAACAGCCGUGUGCUCCGGUUCACUCCAGGCAUGGACCACAUAAUUUUUAAGGUGGAGAUCUUGUCCAAUGAGGACCGGGAGUGGCACGAGUCCCUGUCACUGGUCCUUGGCCCUGACGACCCGGUGGAGGCGGUACUUGGAGACAUCACCGUGGCAACAGUAACUAUCUUGGACCAAGAAGCAGCGGGCAGUCUCAUCCUUCCUGCCCCCCCCAUCGUGGUGUCUUUAGCGGACUACGACCAUGUGGCGGAGGUGACUAAAGAGGGCAGUAAAAAGGGCCCAUCGCCUGGGUACCCUCUGGUGUGUGUGACCCCUUGUGACCCCCACUACCCCAAAUACUCUGUGAUGAAGGAGCGCUGCGAUGAGGCAGGCAUAAACCAGAGCAAAGUGCACUUCUCCUGGGAAGUGGCCGCUCCGACCGACAACAACGGAGCCAGGUCUCCUUUUGAGACUGUGACAGACACCACGCCCUACACAAGUAUCAAUCAUAUGGUGUUGGACAGUAUCUACUUCUCGCGUCGGUUCCAUGUGCGCUGUGUGGCUCAGGCUCGGGACAAGGCAGGACACCUGGGGACUCCUCUGAGGAGCAACAUCGUCACCAUCGGGACAGAAGGCGCCAUCUGCCACACGCCCGUCACCACGGGAACGGCACGAGGUUUCCAGGCACAGUCCUUCAUCGCCACGCUCAAGUACCUGGACGUCAAGCACAAGGAGCACCCCAACAGGAUCCACAUUUCGGUCCAGAUUCCUCACCAGGACGGGAUGCUGCCCCUAGUGUCCACUCUGCCCCUUCACAACCUGCACUUCCUCCUGUCUGAGUCAAUCUACCGACAGCAGCACGUGUGCUCCAACCUGGUCACACUCAGCGACCUUAAGGGCAUAUCUGACUCUGGUUUCCUGGACGACGUCUCCUUCGACAGCAUCUCCCUGGGCCCUGGGUAUGAUCGGCCGUACCAGUUCAAUCCCAGCGUUCGCGAACCCAGGACUCUGCAGCUGUACAAGCACCUCAACCUCAAGAGCUGCAUCUGGACCUUUGACGCCUACUACGACAUGACAGAGCUCAUCGACGUGUGCGGGGGAUCAGUCACUGCAGACUUCCAGGUGCGUGACUCGGCGCAGUCUUUCCUGACCGUGCAGGUUCCUCUGUACGUGUCCUAUAUCUACGUCACUGCUCCUCGUGGCUGGGCUUCUCUGGAGCACCAUACAGAAAUGGAGUUCUCUUUCUUCUACGACACCGUGCUCUGGAGGACAGGUAUCCAGACAGACAGUGUGCUCUCGGCCCGACUGCAGAUCAUCAGAAUCUACAUCCGAGACGACGGGCGCCUUGUCAUCGAGUUCAAGACACAUGCCAAGUUCAGAGGCCAGUUUGUGCCGGAGCACCACACACUACCCGGGCACAAGUCUCGACUCAUGGCCCCAGAUCACUUGGGGGGUAUGGAGUUUGACCUGCAGCUGCUGUGGAGCGCUCAGAGCUUUGACUCGCCCUACCAGCUGUGGAGGGCCACCAGCUCCUACAGCAGGAAGGACUAUUCGGGGGAGUACACGGCGUUCCUUAUCCCAUGUACGGUGCAGCCUACUCAGCCAUGGAUCGACCCUGGAGACAAACCCCUGUCCUGCACUGCCCAUGCUCCAGAAAAGUUCCUGGUGCCCAUAGCGUUCCAGCAGACUAACCGGCCUGUGCCAGUAGUGUACUCCCUCAACACUGAGUUUCAGCUCUGUAACAACGAGAAGGUGUUUCUGUUAGACCCUGGCUCCAAUGAUGUAUCUGUCAAUGAGAUAGACUAUAAGGGAGCCUUCUCUAUGGGUCAGACGCUAUAUGGCAGAGUGCUGUGGAAUCCGGAGCAGAACCUGAACGCAGCAUACAGACUGCAGCUGGAGAAGGUGUAUCUGUGCACAGGCCGAGACGGAUAUGUGCCUUUCUUUGACCCCACCGGGACACUGUACAAUGAGGGCCCCCAGUAUGGCUGCAUCCAACCCAACAAGCACCUCAAGUACCGCUUCCUGCUGCUGGACCGUAAGCAGCCGGAGGUGUGUGACAGAUAUUUCCACGACGUUCCCUUUGAGGCCCACUUUGCGUCAGAGAUCCCAGAGCUGCAGUCCAUGAGUGGCAUGCCUGGAGUGGACGGGUUUACCAUGAAGGUGGAUGCUCUCUAUAAGGUGGAGGCGGGGCAUCAGUGGUACCUCCAGGUGAUCUACGUCAUCUCUCCAGACUCUCACAAAGGCUCCAGAGUCCAGCGCUCCGUCACCUACCAAAUUCAUUCCCAAGUCCUACCUGAGACCCUGCCAGAGUCCCAGUCCCGGUCCAGGCGUAGACGAGACCUGGUGGACCGCUCCGGCAAACUCACCCUGGACGAAUCCCUGAUCUACGACAACGAAGGCGACGCGGUCAAGAACGGCACCAACAUGAAAUCCCUACGCUUAGAGAUCAUCCCCUCGGCCUCCUACACCGCACACGUGGGCAAGUCUGUCGGGGGUAGUGUAGCUGCGGUCAUUGUGCUAAUACUAGCUCUUUUAGCCGCCGGAUUCGUGUUCAGAAAGUGCCGGAAAGCUCACAAGGCCAAGCAGGCUCAGAAGAACUACGAGGAGUACCCGCUAAACACCAAAGUGGAGGUGUGCCUGGACAAGUGCGUGGAGAAAAACUUUGGGAGCAGGCAUUGCACCGUGAGGAAUGUCAAUGUUCUCAACCGCAGCCAGGACAAAGCCAAGGUCAAACAGGUGAACUUAGAGGUGAAGCUUCAGAACAACCUUGGCGACGGGACAGAGGUUUAAACAGAAAUCAGUAACUUUGAGGGUUUUUUUAUUCAUUUUUUAUGUACACUGCAAAAAGUAUUAUCGUAAAGUAUUAUUAUCUAGGCAAGUUAAAAUGACUUGAAUUGGGAAUACUUGAGGAGAUUUGACUUGACAAGCAAAGGUUUGCGUUCUAAACAGUCAAAAAUGUGUCUGUGCUGUCUCCAGUGGCCACUUCGAUUUCAAGUACUACAUGACAUCACACUUGACUGCCCUGAUUACAGCCAAUAGUUUGAAGCGUGGAUACCUGUUAGACCAAUCACUUGGCUCAUAUACGACAAGACAUCACCUGUCCUUCCCCCUCACUUUCUUCUUUAGAUCUCUUAUUUGAAAUGUGGUUGUGGGAGGAGUUUAGGUGUUUAGUCCCACUUUAAAGGACUCAUUUAAAGGAGCACUACGUCACAUUUUUGAUUGGCGUUGUAGCUGUAUCAUGGUUUAGUGGUGUCAUCUGCCGGUCUCCAUAGGAAAUAGUUUAAUGCCAUAAUGUGGAAUAUUCUGGGUAAAACAAUAACAUGUGUGCUCCCUCCACCAGAAACGUGACAUAGUGCCCUGUUAAAAAAUUUAUAUUGAAAUAAUCUCUAAUCUCAUUGGCCAAUUAUUUUACUUGUCAAGUCAAAUCCAGAUCAAGAUAUUUUCUUAAUCCAAGUAAUUGUAAUUUAUCUAGACGCCUUUUGCAGUUUAGCGCCCCCUACAUGUCAGAGUAAAGCACAAUUGUAAAUACUCCAUUGAUAAAAAUAAUGCAUCCGUUUUGUAAUGUGCUUUUCAGACACAAGAUGGUCGAACCGCGGGCUCAUUCAACAAUCUGACUGAAAGCUUUUCAUUUUAAAAAGUUACUGAGUUCUGUUUUAAGUUUGCAUAAGAAAAUGAAAGAGUUAUUUUUUUGUAAAGGGAAGUUUGUAAGUAUUUUUAUAACAAAAAGGGAAUGGAGAGAUUUUGCAACUGCGUAACCUCAGGAAACACAAAGCGCUCAUUUUGUUGAUUUUUGAAUUAUUUUUUUCACAUUUACAAAUCUUUAGCAAAAUGGAAAAACACUACUACGCAAAUCGCUAUAAAUAUUUUGCUAACCACUUUAACAAUGUUUUUUUCAUUAUGUGCCAAUAUAAAAAAAACUGGUACUGCUUUAUAAUAACU